UUGUUUCGCUUGGCUAUUUAAAUUUUUAUAUUUGCUAAAAAUAAUUUAGUUUAAUUAUUUCAAAUUGACUAUGUUUAAGUGAUGAGUGAUACCGAUACGGACGACACCGAUCUAUUGUUGCUGAUACCACCAAAUUACUAUUCUAAAAUGAUGCCAACCGCAGCUGCAACUGCGGCAGAUGUUGAGGCAGAUGCACUUGCAAUGCCUCCGCCUCCAGUGCCGACGACAGCUGCAUAUCAAUUUUUGAUGCCCAGCAAAAAGACGGAACUGAAUCACAUCAACGCACGCCUGCAAAACAUCGAACUCGAUGACGAGCGUCGCUUCGACGCUCCCUCCGAUCUGUCCACAAUCUCAUCGAGCACUGUGCGCACUGCGCUGGGCAGCAAACAGCAGCGUGAGCUCCAUGGCGUGGUGCACUCUACACCCAAGAAUGGCGUGCGUCGACCCGAGGACAACCUGCUGCAUGAGAUCGAUCAUUAUCUGGAAGAUCAGAAUGCUUGGCAGCCACAACAUCAGCAACAUCACAGCGACGAUUAUUUGCGGAUGCGUGGCUCCUCAGCUCAGGAAUCACAGCCGGCGGCGACUUCUUUGCCCAGCAUACGUUUAGGAGCCUCUGUAACCGAACCCAGACUGAUAAGUCUGAGUGAUCUGUGGGGCAAAAGCAGCAAUAUGGCAGGUACAGUUAUAGCAAAUAAUGCAUCGACUGCAGCGGCAAGCAGUUCAUUGAAGGAGGAGCAGUUGCGACGGCAGCAUCUGGAGAAAAUGGUGCAGAAUCUGCAAACGCAGCUGCUGGAGUAUGAGCAGCGAAUCUCUGUGGCCGUGGAAGUGGAUCGCAGUAAAGAUGCCGCACUGCAGCAGGCGGAACAACAGACGAAGACGCUUAACUUUGAGGUGCAGCAUUUGCGGGACUCCCUGCACAAGCAGGAAGUGGAACGUGGAGAUACUCUGGUGCGUUGUGAUGCUCUGCAGCAUGAGUUGGCGCAGGCCAUGUGUCUGGCUACCAAAUUUCAAGAGCGGACCGAGAAACUUGAGGCGGAGGUGGAGCGCAGCAAGCGACAGGCGAGCGAUGCUUUGCAUGCCCAAGAGCAGCUGGAACUGCAGCUGCAAAGCAGUCGACGAGCCGAGGAAUUGUCGCAUGGCGAGCUAAACAAGCUGCGGGACAGAUUCGCCAAGGUGGAUUAUCAGCAAGAGAAGCUCAAGGCGCGCAUUGAAGAGCUGGAAAAGGAGAGUUCAACAUUACGCCAGCAGAAGGAAAUGCUGCAGGAGUAUCAUCAAAAGCAAAAGACACGUGCUGAUCAGCUCGAGGGACAGCGCAAGUCUCUACAAGAAGCGCUGGCCAAUCUAACUGAGACUGAGACGAAUCUCAAGAAAAAACUCGAUAUACAACAGAAAUCGUUGAAGCAGCAUUAUCAGCAGCAACUGGAAAAUGUUGUGGCCAAGAAGCUACAAGAGUUUCAGCUUCAGCUCGACAAAGUGGAGGAGACUCUAAAGACAGAAGCACGUGAAAGAGAACGUUUAAUAGCUGAGCGCGCUGUGAAGCAGCUGGAGAUGAUAAACGAAAAGAACAAUCAGGAAUUGAAUCUCAUCCAAGAGAAGCACAACGAGGAGGUGGAACUGUAUCGUCUUCAACUGGCAAAUGCUUCUAAGAAGAUUGAAGAACUCGAAUUCAAGCUCAGCGGCUACAAAAACAAGCGUGCGGAUAUUGCGGAAAAGCUGCACGGCGUGAUGGAGGCACAGUGGCAACAGGCUUUGGCUAUUCUUACCUCACCCAAUCAGACAUUUCAGAUUUCGGGAGGUGAAACAGAUAGCGAGUCUCCCGAUUUGAAUAAUGCACGUCACUACGCGGACACGCCAAAGUCGAGCAAAACGCAGCGCAGCAACAAUACGGAAAAGAACAACUUAGAUGUAGUGGGCAAGAAGGAUCCAUCAUCGCCCAUGGACAAGUUGCAGGCAUACAUUGAGCUGUUAUUAAGCAAAUCGCCCAGUGAUUUCGAUAAGCUCGAUCAGAUUCUAGCGCUGACUGCAAAGCAGACCGCCAAACAACAGAAGCGCAAUGCCAGCAACGUGCCAAAGCCGCCGCCCUGGAAAGCCUGACGAAGCCAAAAGAUUGAUGUAUAAGAUUGUAAUUAAUUAGCUGUAGAUGUAGUCACAGAUGUGGCUUCUAUUUUUGUACUUUUGUCUAUGGAAAGUAAAUUGUUUAGUCAUUGUAAAAAA